GGGCUGGAGUGAAGCGGCCACCUCCCGAGGGAUGCAGGAUUGGCAAGGAGAGGAGGAAGAUUCCAUGGGCUGGCUGAGUAUUUUCCAGACUACUUUUUGCUUUUAAACGAGAAUAUGCAAGUUUAGACUGGAUAUUUUCAAAAUUGGGAUUCCCCCCCCCCUUCUAUUGUGGUAAGAUGAAGCUUAUUAAAGUCAUUUGAGGAAUGUAAAUAACAUCUUUCAAAAUGAGGAUAUUUGUCGCUUUUGAAGGGCUCUGUGAGUCUUUUGACAUUUCACCAGAGAACACUGUGCAAGAUGUAAAACUGAUGAUAAAGGAUUAUUUUCAUGUUCCACUUUCUGAAGACAAACAAGGCAGGAGAUACUUGGAGCUGAGAUAUGCAGGAGCAGUGCUGAAGGACAACUGGGUACUUGCUGAUGUAGGCAUUACAGUUUCUUCCUCAAUUAAAUGUGUCAUCAAGGAAGAAGACAAGCCAAUUUUCUAUGUAUACAACCCGGUCACUCAUGAAAGAUUGCCCAUAAUGGGAAGGAUGUAUCUUUUUUCAUCAAAGGUUUCACAGCUGAAAACUUUAGUGACCUUGAAAUGUGGUUUUCCAAGUAGCAUUUAUUGUCUCAGGACUCCAGAGGGCAGGGAGAUGUUUGACUGCAAUACUCCAAAUGAUUAUCAGUUAGAUAUAGGCACAACUCUUCGUUUGGAUGUUUGGGAUGGAUGGAGAGAAUUCUUGACCAGCUGUAUCCUAGGAAACAAACCCAAGAUUCAGUACUAUCUGUCAAAGGAAGAACCAAUACUCAGAUAUCAAAAGAGAGUAGCUCUUUACAUGGCAGCUUUUUUCGGACACCUUCAGGUUUCAAUCUGGCUCUUGAAAAAGGGAGUGAAGCCCACUGAAGCAAUUGGUGUACAUCCUUAUCGUGAAUGGUGUCAGGAAGAUGAUCAUUCUGACAACAUGAAAUGUCCUGUUCAUGCAGCUGCAGAAGCAGGCCAACUUAUGAUACUGAAAGCAUUUGUUAAUUCCACUGCCUUAUCCCUUGAAUGCAAAAAUUCUGCAGGGCAAACUCCAUUGCAGCUGUGUAUCCAGCAUAGACAUAAAGAUUGUGUAUUGUAUUUAGUCACCAAGUUAUGGUCCGUGGUUUCUUAUCCUACAUUCUCUCUGCCCAUGAAAAUCUAUAUUAAGCUAAAGCUGUGGCUUCUUAAAUCUCAAAAUAACAUCUAUUCAGCCAAGAAGUGCAACCCUGCUGCAGUCUUCAGAACACGAGUUGGGGAUGUUGUCUUUGUGGACGGUUUCACAAAACCAGAAAUGACCUCCAGAGGUUUUUGCUCAGCCAUGUUCAAACAUGCAAGCAACAGAGGUUGCAUACUGCCAGAUUUAAAUAAUCAGUUUCAACAUGAGCAAUCUCAGUACCAUUUGACCAUAUCUGAUAUGUACCUCAAAGCGAAAAAUGUUAGAUUACCUCCAGUGGCAGGUGCAAAGAAGAGAGAUAACAAAGAUAGACACUGGCAAAAAAAGAAGCCUAGAAAGAAGAACUCACAGCUUAAUGAAGAAUAUAUGGACCAAAAUAUGUGUUUAGCAAGAGUUCCUCUACCUUCUAAUUCUCUCCUCAAGCCAGCUUACUAUUAUUCCAUACCUAAUGUAGAGUUUCUGCUAAAUCCUUCUCUGGAGUCAUUUUCAGAAUACUGUGGAAGAACUCCAAGAGAGAAUGCAAUUUACUGCUUAGCUAUAGCCAGUGAAUUUAAAGAGAAGCCUUGGCUGCAACAAUUGGACAUUGCAAGAACCCUAGCUAGAAAAAGUGUAUGUAAACCUACAUACUAACUAGACAGAGGUCCCGGAACCUGCCAAGUUUGAAGACCACUGAACUAGACUCAGAUGAAAUAGAUUAUAUAAUAAAUAGACUAACCAAAAAGGUUUCGGAAACAAUGCAUCUUGACAAGCAAAGUUGCAUUGGGCUAUCUUCAUACAUAUUCUGAGAAUCCUACAAUCUUCCGCUUUCCACUCCUUCGGAUGCUAUUGAAAUACCAUUCACAUUCCAAAAGGCUGGUCUUGUUGUAUUCGGGUCUUUUCUCGUGUAAGAUUGAGAUUGUCUUGGCAAUGUUUCAGCGA